AUGACAUAUGUUUAUGAAACUUGUAAGGCUUUAGAGAAGGACAGAUAUUGGCAUGAGUUUCCACCUAGGAAGCACAGGUUUUUCAAGUUGAUGAUUGGUAAUUUUGAGCAACAGCUGCGAAUUCUUAGAAAAUUUGUUGAAUGCUCUAGGGAAGACCUUUCAAGCUCUUGCACUCUAAGAGGUCAAAGCAGGAAUAUAUGGAAAGUUCAAAUACAAAAAACUGAGAAAGAUGUCCUAUUUGCAGAUGGCUGGGGUAUCUUCGUUACUGAUCAUGGUAUUAAGUAUGGUUGUUUCUUGGUCUUUUGCUAUGUUGGGGACUCUUCUUUUGAGGUAUCGGUUUUGAUGUUACUGGAUGUGAGAGGUAGUCAGAGUGCAAUAUGUAAUGCUGCAGAUAAAGGGAAAGCAAAAGGGAAGAUACAUGAAGAGGAAGAUCUGGAAUUAUUAUCUGAUCACGAGAAGAGGUUUCAUAAACUUCGUCUGAAUGUGAGAAGUGGAACACCUCAAGUGAGAAAACCUCAAAAGUAUUACAAAUCAAGGAGGCAGAAGGUUACAGAGCAAGAGAAGCAAGGUGCACUUAACAAGGCCAUUAGUCAUAUGAGUUGGAGAUGUCAUAUGAUUGAAAUUGUGAUGAAGCACACACAUGUUUAUCGCGGCUUUCAUCUGUUCAGACCAGGGUGGUCGACUUUUGUUAUAGAGAACAAUCUCGAGGAGCAUGACGUUUGUGUAUUUGAGCUGCUUCAGAAAGGAAAUUUGGGUCACAAGAAUAAUUCUGUCUUUGAUGUUCACAUUUUCCGGUUGUUAAAGAAGUAG